AUUGUACGUUGAGUUGUAUGUCGCCCUGUGAUUUAUAUCCGAGGUACCUUUUACUGAAAUUCACGCUAAGACGGCGCGAGAAAUAAACCGGCUUAGUUAAGUUUUUCAGCCAUCGCCCUUAUGAAAUAUGAAAUAUUGUGUAACAAUUUUUAAGGACAUGACAUUAAUAAUGAAAUAUUUCCCUUUGAACUUUCAAACCAUGAUCACCUUAUUUUAUAUUAAAUGUCUCGCCUAGCUUAUUUUUACAUGUCAAGUGGAUUCCCGGUGCUUUGAUCCAAGUACUCGAAAUUUUGGGAUUUUAUACGCAUCAGAAUGGCGUCGGUCUCUAGACGGAAGUUAAGCGUCCAGGCGUCUGAAGCCCUAUUGAAUAAGCCGAAGUCAAGCCAACGUGACUUAGAAGAGCUAAAACGAGAGUUAGAACUUGAUGAGCAUCUUAUACCUCUCGAGGAUCUUUGUGCUAGGCUAGGUACAAAUGAGAUCACUGGUCUAACAGACGAACAGGCGGAGCGUUAUUUAAAACGAGAUGGACUGAACACUCUUACGCCACCGAAACAAACUCCAGAGUGGGUUAAGUUCUGCAAAAACAUGUUCUACGGCUUCUCAAUGCUUCUAUGGGUGGGAGCGAUUCUCUGUUUCAGUGUCUAUGCCGGUGAGUCAGCUUCAAAGGACCAUGUGGAGCCUGACAACUUUUACGUCGGUGUUGUCUUGACUGGUGUCGUGGUGGUGACUGGUAUUUUCUCGUACUACCAGGAACGAAAAAGCUCAAAGAUCAUGGAAUCAUUCAAAAACUUGGUACCACACCAGGCGAACGUGAUCCGCAAUGGCAAAAGCAAGACUGUGAAGGCGGAAACUUUAGUGGUUGGUGACGUGGUUGAUGUCAAGUUCGGUGAUCGGGUUCCUGCCGAUAUCCGCAUCCUCCAGGCGCACGCUAUGAAAGUUGACAAUUCAUCUCUCACCGGAGAAUCUGAACCACAGGCUCGCUCACCCGAAGCCACCCAUGACAAUCCUCUGGAGACCAAGAACCUCGCCUUCUUUUCGACAAACGCGGUGGAAGGAACGUGUCGCGGCAUAGUCAUCAACACUGGGGAUGACACGGUGAUGGGUCGCAUCGCUGGACUAACAUCCGGACUCGAGUCGGGUAAAACUCCGAUUGCCAUCGAAAUCGAGCACUUUAUCCACAUUAUCACCGCAGUGGCCGUGUUUCUUGGUGUAUCCUUCUUCAUCGUAGCGAUGCUGUUGAAUUACGCCUUCGUCGAAGCCGUCAUUUUCCUCAUCGGCAUCAUAGUCGCGAACGUUCCCGAGGGGCUGCUGGUUACAGUGACCGUGUGUCUUACACUCACGGCGAAACGAAUGGCGGUGAAGAACUGUCUCGUUAAGAACUUGGAGGCCGUGGAGACACUGGGCUCGACAUCGACGAUAUGCUCGGAUAAGACGGGAACGCUGACUCAAAAUCGGAUGACGGUGGCACAUAUCUGGCUGGACGGUCAAAUUACGGCCACCGAUACCACUGAGGAUCAAUCGGGAGGCAAACUAGACACCACGGUGGAUGGCUGGGAUGCAAUGGGUCGCAUUUGCAUGCUCUGCAAUCGAGCUGAGUUCCAAGCAGACCAGGAGAAAGUUCCGAUCAUGCACCGCAACAUCAAUGGUGACGCGUCCGAGGCUGCGAUUUUGAAAUUCACGGAGAGCGUAUUCGGUAAUGUGGCUGGAUAUCGUGAAAAAUAUCCGAAGGUCUGCGAAAUCCCGUUCAACUCUGUCAACAAGUACCAGGUUAGCGUGCACGACAUGAAGAGUGAGUUUACAGACUCAGAAGGACGAACUUGUCGCUACCUACUGGUGAUGAAGGGUGCCCCAGAACGUAUCCUGGACCGCUGCACAACCAUUCACUAUCACGGCGGCGACGUCAGCCUCAACAACAAAUGGAAGGGACGCUUCAACAAAGCCUACAUGGAACUGGGCGGCAUGGGUGAGCGAGUGCUUGGCUUCUGCGAUAUGGCGCUGCCCAUCGACUCAUUUCCAGAGGGCUACGCGUUCGACGGCGACGAGGAGAACUUCCCACUGGACGGUUUGCGUUUUGUGGGCUUGGUGUCGAUGAUCGACCCGCCGCGCGCCGCUGUGCCAGACGCCGUGGCCAAGUGCCGCUCUGCCGGCAUCAAGGUGUUCAUGGUCACCGGCGACCAUCCGAUCACGGCCAAGGCGAUCGCGCGCUCCGUCGGUAUCAUCUCGCCCAACAGCUACACCAUCGACGACCUGGUGGUGCGGAUGCGCCGCCGUGCCGAGGACAUCGACCCACGGCUGGCCAAGGCGGCCGUGGUGCACGGCGGACAGCUGAAGGAAAUGACCGACGAGGAUAUUGACUCGGUGUUGCGCGAUCACGACGAGAUAGUGUUUGCACGCACGUCACCGCAGCAAAAGCUGAUCAUCGUGGAGGGCUGUCAGCGUGCCGGAGCGAUCGUGGCCGUCACCGGCGACGGCGUCAACGACUCGCCAGCGCUGAAACGUGCCGACAUCGGCGUGGCUAUGGGCAUCGCUGGCUCGGAUGUGUCCAAACAGGCAGCCGAUAUGAUCCUACUCGACGACAACUUCGCCUCGAUUGUCACCGGCGUCGAGGAGGGUCGCCUGAUCUUUGACAACUUGAAGAAGUCGAUCGCCUACACGCUGACGUCCAACAUCCCUGAGAUCUCUCCGUUCCUGCUGUACAUCGUGUGUGGUGUACCGCUGCCGCUGGGCACUGUCACCAUCCUCUGCAUCGACCUCGGCACGGACAUGGUGCCGGCCAUCUCGUUCGCCUAUGAGAGCGCGGAAUCGGACAUCAUGAAGCGGAUGCCUCGCGACAAGCACCUGGACCGUCUAGUGAACGAGCGGCUCAUCUCGAUGGCCUACGGUCAGAUCGGCAUGAUCCAGGCAGCUGCCGGCUUUUUCACCUGGGUGGUCAUUUUGGGCGAACACGGUUUCCUGCCCUGCCACCUGUUCGGCUUGCGGUCCACCUGGGAGACACGCUCACUGAACGACCUCGAGGACUCGUACGGCCAGGAGUGGACGUACGCACAGCGCAAGAAGCUGGAGUACACCAGCCAGACGGCCUUCUUCGUCUCCAUCGUGGUCGUGCAGUGGGCAGACGCCAUCAUCUGCAAGACGAGGCGUAACUCCAUCUUCACACACAAGAUGAAGAACGGCAUGUUCAACUUCGGGCUGGUGUUUGAGACGGUGGUGGCGUGUAUCCUGAGCUACUGUCCCGGCACGGAUCAGCUGUUCAAGAUGUACCCGCUCCGUUUCAACUGGUGGGUCACCGCGGCACCAUUCUCGCUCCUCAUCUGGAUCUACGAUGAGUGCCGGCGCUACACGCUGCGGACGAUUCCCGGUGGAUGGUGCGAACGCGAGACCUACUACUGAGUGGGGCAAUCACCGCCAACGGUGGGGGCUGAAAAUGAGCUGUGCUGCAGCUGCGGCAUGGCAUGAGCAGGCCCGAUACGGGCAGCGGCGGGAGCCGGGUAAAGAACUCUGGAUCAGAGGGCGGAGGGUACAAAAGGUGGCGGAAUGGCCGAAGUUUGAUUUGUUUUGAAGCAGGAGAAUGGCGAUAGGUUUCGGAGGUGGGGAUGAUCAGCUUAUGGUGACGACGAGGAUAUUUAUAAGCAGGCGUUUUUUUUUCUUCUCAAACUUGCUUUUACGAGACCCGCAACUCAUGGAGGGAGGAGCGUCAAACAUGCAUGCCAUCUUUAUCGAUGCUGUACAAAGAGCUUUGCAUUCGUUUCUUUUUAUCUUCUGACGUCACCUAUGGAUUUCAUUAUCAAUUCGGAAAUAAAAGUGAAUUAAUCA